UCCAGUUUUUUGCAACAGUUUUUUGAAAUGUAGUUUGCGUUGCCGUGUUGGGUUAAAUCCUAAGAGCUUUCUGCCUUUCUCUCUCUCUCUCUCUCAAUAUAACCGAUACUCCUAAGCCUUAGUGAGAGAAGAGGACGAAAAGCAACACAGAUUCUUUAUAUAAUUGCGAACAAACCGAACAACUUCAUAGUAUACACACGUCCUCUCUACAAGGACUCUCUCUCUGUCUCUCUCUCUCUCUCUCUCAUAUCUUAUUUUCUGAUUUAUUUAAUCAUAAGUUACGGGUCUCUCUCUCUCUCUCUCAAGCUUCUGUUUUUCUUCGUCCUUGAACUCCCAGUCCCACGUAGCUCUUGAAGGUUAUCAAGAAAAACUGCAGGAUUGUUUUUACAUAUGCUGGGAUCUACAACGAAUGAUAGAAAGAUUUCCCAUUGUACAGAUUGGUAAUUUGUAUCCUUGUCAAUGGUUUCCCUUGGGAGUUGGACACCUAAUAGCUCAUUGAUAAUGAAGAUUUAACUAAUUGUUUUUCUCGAUUAAUUUAUUGCUUUAUUUACAGUUCAGGUUUUGGAAUUUUUUUGAGGAAAGUUUCGAUUAUAGUAUCCGCAACACGAGAAUAUUGUUUGGUAUUCCAUUCGAUCUGGGUUAUCUGAGAUGGUGGAGGAAUAACCAAAUCUGGGAUGUGAAGAUCAGUUAUCAGAACCCAUGAUAAGGCCUUGCAAUGGGGUCCCUAAACAUGGAGAAGAAAUGGGUUUUCCCUUUAGUCAUAAGCUCUCUGAUAUGUGUGUUCCUUUUGGCAACUUCAUUCAACAUGGGUCUUAUUUCUUCGCUACAUACUAUCAACCAAAUCUUCAACAUUUUUCCUUCUCGAAACCAAUCACUGGAUGGCUAUGCUGAAAUUAAGGUUUCACAAACAACUCCCACUCAGACUCCUGGAAUUCCUCGAUUUGCUUACUUGAUUUCUGGGUCUAAAGGUGAUUUGGAAAAGCUUUGGAGAACUCUUCACGCACUUUACCAUCCAAGGAAUCAAUAUGUUGUUCAUUUGGACCUUGAAUCUCCAGCAGAGGAAAGAUUGGAGCUUUCUUCGCGCAUUGAAAAACAUCCCCUUUUCUCCAAAGUUGGGAAUGUUUAUAUGAUCACUAAAGCUAAUAUGGUUACUUAUAGAGGACCUACGAUGGUUGCUAAUACACUUCAUGCUUGUGCAAUUCUUCUUAAGAGGAGUAAAGAUUGGGAUUGGUUUAUCAAUCUUAGUGCCUCUGAUUAUCCUCUUAUAACUCAAGAUGAUCUUCUUGAUACAUUUUCAACCAUAAACCGAAAUCUGAACUUUAUUGAGCACACUAGUCAGUUGGGUUGGAAGGAGGAUAAACGAGCAAUGCCUUUGAUUAUAGAUCCUGGGCUCUACUCAACAGCAAAGACGGAUAUAUACUGGGCCACACCACGUAGAGGUUUGCCAACAGCAUUCAAAUUAUUCACUGGUUCGGCAUGGAUGGUUCUCACACGCCCAUUCGUAGAGUACUUAAUUUGGGGUUGGGAUAAUCUACCGAGAAUCUUACUCAUGUACUAUACGAACUUCGUCUCCUCUCCUGAAGGCUAUUUUCACACUGUAAUAUGCAAUGUGCCAGAGUUUGCUCAGACGGCUGUCAAUCAUGAUUUGCACUACAUUUCUUGGGACAUGCCCCCCAAGCAGCACCCACACACCCUUUCCCUUAAUGACACAAGGAAAAUGAUUGAAAGUGGCGCUGCCUUUGCUAGAAAAUUCAAACAAGAUGACCCUGUGUUGGAUAAGAUUGAUAAGGAUUUACUUGGCCGGAAAAAUGGGGGCUUCACUCCCGGUGGAUGGUGCUCUGAUAGUCCCAAAUGUUCCAAGGUUGGGGACCUGAAUAAUAUUAAACCUGGUCCAGGAGCUGACAGAUUUAAACGACUCAUAGCUAGGGUAGCUUUCAUGUCAAGGCUUAAACAAAAUCAGUGUAAAUAGAUUUCUCAAAAAGUUCAUGCUUGCAGAUGGAGAAGGAUUCAAAGUUCUGUAGGCAAGCCAGACAGCACCUUGUUAGAAGAUUGUUAUCUAAGAAAGCGAUUUGGUUGCCCGAGUUGCAGCCACAGUUGCAUUAUUGUCAAGAAUUGAAGGUAUGCUAGUGUCAUUACAAUCAUAAGGAAUCACACUCUUUACUGCAGUGGUCACAAUCUAAUAUAGCACAUUUACCUCACAUUUUAUAGGUUCUAUUCCCUUAGAACUAUUGCUCUUACUCUCUUUGAAACUUCACCAGAUCGCCAUUUUCACGGCUUCUGUAUGUUCCUUUUAAGUUCUUUCCGGCUUCAUAAUAAUUAGAAAAUUUUCUUUCCUCUUA